CGCCCCUCGGGCCCCGCAGCCAGAAAAGCGCCGCGGCCGCGGGGGAGGCUGCAGCAGAGCGAGGGGCUGCCUGGUUUCCCUGCACCGCUCACCCUUUCUGCCGCAGCAGAGAGGUGCUGGAGACGAGAGUGGGGCUGAAGAGCUGCUGUAACUUUGUUGUAGUGCUUUGGUCAAACUGAUGCCAGUGAGUGCACAAAGUGGAUAUUGCAAGCUUUUUGGAAAGCGUAUUUGCUUAAUAGAUUAUCUGUAGUAGGUAUGAAGCAAACUAAAUUCUGGUGGUGUUUUUAAAGCCCCUUGUAACUGCUGCCUUUCAUGCAAGAUUUCUGAAUUGCUUUAGAGGAAACUCCUAAACCUGUGUGCCUUAAUGAGUUAAGGAGAUGGCUCUAUGAUAACUGUGACAGUAAAUAUGCUGAUGCUUUAGUUGAAGUUACAAAUUGCAUCUUUUUAGACAAGCUUCCUGGAUAUGGUAAAAGUUAAUACAGUUAGAUACAAGCCAAAUAGAAGAGCUUACAAAAUAAUAUAAGUUGUUUUAUUACAAGCAGAGAGUCAAUCAAUGGCAGUUUCACUCAGUCUUCGUCACUGUAACAGAAGGACUGGCUGUAAGAUGGAUGUGUCUGGUUUUUCUGUUGCUGUUUGGAUGUUUGUUUGCCUCUAUGCAUCUGUGGUUGGCUAUCCAAAUGGAAAAGUAAGAGAAGCCUGUACUAGCAUGGUACCCUGUCAUGGUAGCUCUCCUCAGCUGCCACCUGAGCACACCAUUGCAGUGAAUGGGACUGAAUUUAAACCAGGGGACAGCAUAGAAGUUCAUUUGUCUGGACCAGAUUUUGAAGGAUUUUUCAUACAAGCCCGGGAUGCAGAACACCUGGAUAGCCCUGCAGUUGGUUCUUUUGUGUUGGCUGACCGGAGACGUUCUCAGCUGCUGACAUGUGGUCGUACCAAGAAUUCCGCUGUCAGUCACACAAGUAAAGCAAAAAAGAAAGACAUAAAAGUUUAUUGGGUUGCCCCUGGAGAUGCUCCAAAACAUGUACAGUUUCUAGUGACUGUUGUGAAGAAAUACAGGAUUUUCUGGGUAAAGAUUCCAGGUCCCAUUGUUUCCCAGCCUGAUGUCCUCUCCCCAACACCACCUUUGCAUGCAACGUCAGAGGCUAUGUCAACUUCACACCCAGUUUCCUACAUAUCAAAGCCAUUUAGUGCUUCAAGUUGUGGAAUUAGGAAGUUCUGCGUAAGGAACCCUACAAACUGUGAUCCUGGAAGUGUGUCCUGUUUUUUUCUAUCAUUCCAACAAGAGGAGGGCUCAGUUUUUAUUGAAAUGAGUGGUCCAAGUGAAGGAUAUUUAGCAUUUGCAUUUUCCCAUGACCAGUGGAUGGGUGGUGAUGAUGCUUACCUAUGUGUUAAUGAGGAUCACCGUGUUCAUGUGAGCGCUGCCCGCCUGAAGGAGCGAAGUCAUCCUCUCUUGGAUUCAGAGAAUUCCCUUGAAGAAGUGUCAUGGAGGCUUGCAGAUGGCCUUCUUCAGUGUUCUUUCAGAAGGCAUAUUCGUCUCCCUGCUUAUAAAGGGAGAUUUAAUCUGGAUACCAGUUACUACAUCUUUCUGGCAGAUGGGGAAGCUAGUGAAGGUGGGCUCAUAUACAAACAUCAUCGUCAGCCCCUUGUCACCAAUGGACUGUACAAUGUCACGGGUCUUCCUCAGGAUAUUGGAGGUUCCCGGGCCCCACGGCUUAUCAAGGCUCAUGGAGCAUUAAUGUUUGUUGCUUGGAUUACCACAGUUAGUAUUGGUGUUAUUGUUGCACGAUUCUUCAAACCUGUCUGGUCUCAUUCAUUCCUACUUGGAAAGGAGUUGUGGUUUCAGGUGCAUCGUAUGCUUAUGUUAGUCACAGUCAUGCUGACGAGCAUUUCUUUUGUGUUGCCUUUUGUAUACCGAGGAGGUUGGAGCCAACAAGCAGGUUUUCAUCCUUAUCUUGGCUGUGCUGUGAUGGCUUUGACAAUCUUUCAACCACUUAUGGCAGGUUUCAGACCAUCUCGUCACGCGCCAAGGAGGCAGUUGUUUAACUGGUUUCACUGGAGUACUGGUACAACAGCUAGAAUAUUAGCUGUUGUGACUAUGUUCUUGGGAAUGGAUCUGCCUGCACUUGACCUGCCAGACCCAUGGGACACCUAUGCAAUGAUUGGCUUUGUAGCUUGGCAUGUUGGUACUGAUGUUCUGCUGGAAAUACACAGCUACUGUCUUGUUCGUAAAGCUGAAGUGAUAGAGGAUGACAGAGUACAGAUACUGCAGUCACUAACAUCUGCAGAAGCAGAGGGUCGUCUGUUUAAACAGAUUGUGUUAACAAUCUAUGUCUGUGGAAAUAUAGUAUUCCUUGUUGCCUUCCUGAUAGCAAUCAACCAAGUAUGAAAUAAGUAUUUGAGAAUUUUGUGACAAAAUACUGUGCAGUUGAAAAAUCUGCAAGAAAUACCUUUUAUUACAACUUUUUUCUCAACAUGUCCUUUUUUUUCAACAUCCCUGAAGAUGUAAUCGAAGAAUAACUGCACGUGCAUGUCAUGCUCAGUGUCAGGGAGGUCUGGAAUUCAAAUUUAGAGAGGAAUACUGCAGUCCUACAAAAGCUGUCUUCUGAUGGGUGUCUUAAUGAACCUUUGCCUGAGUAAAGAAUGAAAGCUCUCCUUUUUAAGCACACUAGUUAUAUAGAUUAAGAGAAGAUUGAGAAGGUGUGCUGAAAAUGUUAUUUUGAUAGUUCCCUAAACCUUUUGUGAAUAUUGUUGGGGGAACUGGUAAGAUCCAGAUCAGUCUGUCCACUUUGUGUUCUCAUAAUAUGUGAUGUGCCAGCUUCCUGCUCUUGACAGUCUUGUGCAUAAGGAAAUCCCUAACCAAACAAGCCGUGAAACUUGGUGAAAAAUUGUCACAAAUGCAGGUUGAUGCAUGAGCUAAAUAGAUAAAAGUAAAAUGCAAAAAGCACUGUCUGCUCUAAGAGCAGUGUAUUUACACAACAAAUAUAGGAGUUUGGGAACUUCAGUCCUUUAGUAAAACCACCAUUUGCCUCAUUCAAAAUACUGCUCUGUCUCAACCCUCUUGGUGCUUCUAAAUCAUAAAGAGAAAACAUGUUUUCAAUAUAAAUGCAUUAAAACCUAUUCUAACUUAUCCCAAAUUCAAACCUUCUUCAGCUAGGAAGAACCUAUCUGUGUUUAUAGAUUUCUGUUUUACUGUCUUUGGUUGCUUUGAAUUACUUGACUGUGUGAAUAAGAUGUCUUUAUGCCAAUUGAUGCUUUAGUGGGAAUGAAAACACUUGCUCUGGAAUGUUGCAGUUGUAUUUGUGCUAUUGAGCAAAACAUAAAUUGGGAGCUAGAUCAACUUCAGGAAAAGCAGCUUCUGCUAGUGUUAAGUGAGAGCCCUUUGAUCUGGCAUAUCUAGAAGACAGAACUAUAAGAAUUAUGUAACAAUUCUGCAAGAAUAUUAGAGGGUAAUUUUUUAGACAACAAAAGGUUUCUGCUAAUAUAUGAACUAGGUACAGAGACUAGAAAGAGACUAUAUUUAACUUUUUUGGUUCAUGGUUUGUCUAAGUAUGGAAGGAUACUCCUGAAAGGGCAUUUUUAAAAUGAAACCUUAAUACACUGCAGUUACAGUGCUUUGCAGUUGUUACGUGGCUCUAAACACCUUGCUCCCACACAUUUUCAUUUUUCUUACUGGAAAGUAUUGAUUUUUAGUUGCAACAACUGAAAGUACAUUUUUAGGCUAGGGCUACUAAGGCAGCUGGGAAUGAAGGUGUUGGGAGUAUUGGAUAGAAUAGUGAGUAGUGAGGCCUGACUUGGUAUAGACUUUCACAGCAACAUCUCUACGAGUGUGGCCAGCUCUAAAAUACUUGUAGGUGUGGGUCAGGUGGUGGAUUUCUGCAGUUCCCAAAGCUGUCUGCUCUCUCUCUUCCUCCACCUUCCCAAGUCCAUAGUGCAGCCUGUUGCAUGGACAGGUAAUAUUCAGGAAGCUACGUGUUUGUUUGUAGUCAGUGAUCUUUCUGGCUGCUCAGAUAUCUGAUUUAGCCAUAAGGGCAUUUAUGGAGCUGGGGUUAAUCCCUUUGUCAGCAGCAGCUGACUGCCAGUGAGUCCAGGGUGAAUCAUCUCCCUUGGAAAAGUCAUGUGCAGAUUGGGAAAGGGGGACUGCCAAGAAAUGAGUUACACAGUUGGCCCCAUGCUUCUUGUCCUUCAGCCUGGGUUGUGAGUGUAGGGUUUUUUUGGAGAACUCUGAUCUCAAAAGCCUGGGAAUCUCAGGCUCAUCUACUGUUAAAAUCUUGUGGGACUCUUUCAUCUGCUGUGAGUUUAUGGUAGAAAAAUCACUCAACCUAGGCAUGAUUGAUGGCUUUUUAAAUUAAGAUUAAUGCCAGAUCCUUUCUGUAAUACAAAAGCUGUACUGAUGGUUGUUUAAUUUACAUGUAACAAUGAACAUGGGUUUUAAAACAUGAAUGUAAAUAUCUCAAUAGAAGUUCUUGUCCUUUUUAAUAAUGUGAAAAUGCUGUCACAAGGAAACUAGAAAAGUCUUGCCUAGGAGCAGAAUGGAUUGUCUCUUUUUUGUAGAUGUUGUUUUAUACAUUAAACUAUGUAAAUCCUUCCUGGA